AUGGGCCGACUUUUCACCAUGAGUCUGGCUGCUUUUGCAGCUACCGGGUCGUUUCUUUUUGGAUACGAUGCCGGUGUGAUGACCGAUGUUAUCGCGAGUCCUAAUUUCCUCGCCUUCUUCAACACCAACAAGACCUCCGCCAUUAUCGGUGCCAUUAACAGUACAUUCAAUGGGGGCGCCGCCAUUGGGGCCCUUCAGGGAGGUCUGACGAUGGAUCGGUUCGGGCGUAAAUUCACCAUCCAGAUGGGUGCUUGCAUCUGUCUCGUCGGCGCUAUUCUGCAGGCUUCGGCGAUGAACCUGGCCAUGAUUCUGGUCGGCCGUAUCCUCGCAGGAUGGGCUGUCGGUCUCAUGUCCAUGUCCGUGCCCGUCUACCAGGCCGAGUGUGCGCAUCCUCGCUCUCGUGGUUUGAUCGUUGGACUGGCGCAACAGAUGAUUGGUGUUGGUUUCAUCGUCAGCACAUGGGUCGGUUACGGAUCACUCCACGCACCAGACACGAGUUCGUUCCAAUGGCGAUUCCCCUUGGCAUUCCAGGCCGUUCCUGCUCUGCUUCUCGUUGUCGGCAUGCUUUUCAUGCCAGAGUCCCCUCGAUACUUGGUCGAGACCGAGAAGUACGACGAAGCGAUGAGGAUCUUAAAGAGAUUGCACUAUGACGGUACCAACGACGACUGGAUUCAGACCGAAUACACGGAGAUCAGGGCCACUAUUGAUGCUGAGAAGGCUGUUACGGCGCCUGGCUGGCUCAUCAUGUUCCAAGUCCCUCAGUGGCGGACCAGAUUGAUGCAUGGUGUCGCCGUGCAGGUCUUCACUCAGUUUACCGGUGUCAACGUGAUCGGCUACUAUCAAACAAUUAUGUAUGAGUCGCUCGGUAUCACAGGGAACAGAGCCACGCUAGUUGCGGGUAUUUACAACUGCGUUGGUCCUCUCGCGAACUUGUUCUUCAUCAUCUUCAUUCUGGACAGAGUAGGGCGACGCAGGCCCAUGAUGUUUGGUGCCAUCGGAAUUUCCAUUGCGUUGAUCUGUGAGGCAGCACUGAACUCGCAGAAUGAGGAUGGUAGCCGCCAUGGCUACAGUAUCGGUGGUGUUGCAUUCCUCUUCUGCGUGACCACUAUCUUUUCCCUGUCCUUUGGCCCUUGCAGUUGGGUCUACAUGUCCGAGGUCAUGCCCAUGCAGAUUCGUGGUAAAGGAAACGCCUUUGCGACAGGUAUCGGUAACUGGGCCGUGGCUACUCUCUGGGCUCAAGUCUCUCCUAUUGCUCUGGGCAAGCUUGGAUGGAAGUUCUACUUUGUUUUCGUGGCAUGGAACAUUUGCAUUACCCUGCCGGUCAUCUACUUCUGCUUCAAGGAAACCAAGCAGAAGUCUCUGGAAGAGAUUGAUUUGCUCUUCGGCGGACGCGCCCUGGGCACUCUGCCCGAGAAUGUGGCUGAGAAGGGCGAGGAAACCGGUAUCUCUGUGACAAACGUGGAGCACCGUGUUUGA